AUUGCUAUUGCCUAGCAUUCGCGCGUGAUCACGCGAACGCGGUGAUCUUGAAUAUUGGAUCGUUUGUAUUAUUGUUUGCUUUCAAGACGCUUGUCUUAUUGUUGUCAAUAAAAUAAUUUGGUGUUGACAUUUGUACGGUCUGAAGAUUGCAUUAUGCAAGCAAAGACAGAGGAUGGUUGGUUAUCAUGUACCUUAUGUAGAGCAGGCAGACAAGGAUGUAGUGUUCUCAGCAGAGCACAGCAGCGGAAGGUAGAAUGGCCAGCACAAGUACACCAGACAAGACCUGAUAUCCAGGAUCCUCUGGUAUAUACGUCAUUAGAUGAAGCCUUUAGUAGUAUGUUGCAAUUUAUGUCAACGUCAACAAGACAAUGUAAGCGUUUUUAUCGUAGCAUCCCACCAGCAAAUAAAACAACGCAAGAUCAAAGACAUUGUCAUCGGUUCCAUACGCAAAAGAUUGUACCGAUUAAAAAAACCAACCCACUACGCAAGGCAGAAGAUGUACACGUUGUGGUAGCACCUGGGACGUACGCUGUGACCGCAGGUUCAUGGGGAAAGGACCAACAGACUACGCAUGUUGUUCAUGUAACCAAAGGUCAAAGCGUUGACCUUGAUUUUAAUGUAUAGAUAAUAAUAUUUAUAGUCUACUGAAUGUUGGUAUACAAUGUAUGAUUUAGAAUUUGUUGAAAUAAUGUCUCAAAAAAUAUUUAAAUAAUUAUUAAUUUUGAUAAAUUAUGGCUUUCUAAUUUUGGUGUUACUGUUAACUGAUUUAUUUUGUAUGAAUUGUGGACUAACAAAUUUUUAAUUUUUUUUUUUUUUGUAGGAAUAAUCAUGAUAGUAAUUUUGUAGAAGUUUUUAAGUUUUGAAUUCUGUUGGCUUUUGUCAUGAUAUAAAUAUUAAAGGUGAUUUUCUUUACAAUUUUAUAUAUGAUGUUAGUUUAGGAUGGUAAAUUAUGUUUGUAGUAUUAAUUUGUAUAUUUGUUUCAAAGGAUAAGUUGAAAUAAAUUUUGAUACAAGUGGA